GUUAUUUUUUGUUAAUAAUUACUUAUGAAUUGUUUAAAGGAUUGAAUUUGUCAUUCUUAGUAUUUUGGAGUGUCACUGCAGUUUUAACAUCUUGAAUCAUGACAAAUAUAGUUUUAGGAUUGUUAUUCCUGUUGCUAGAGUAGAUUUGGACAAUGUUGUAUUUUAGUGUUUUUAGUGAUUUAAAGGGGUGCUCGAGCACUUGCAUAGGCACUCGAGCAAGGCGAUGCCCGAGCGCCUCAUAUAAGGGCCAGGCGACGCGCUUCAAUAAGGUGCCGCUUGGGCACUCGCCCAAGCCUAGGCGUCGGGUGCUUCGGGCGAGUGCGCAGUUGAUAUAAGGUAACCGGGUUCAGUUAAAUGUGUAUUAGUUGGUUCGAUUGAACCAACUAACGCACAUAGUUACCUCAAAACCUGCUCGUGACCCUGACUCCUAACCCUAGCAUGUGCUUUCUCCCUCCACCUUUGUCGUCAAUGAUUUCUCCCUCUGCGUCCGCCGCCCACAAUUUCUCCCUCUGCCUCCGUCACCGACGAUUUCUCUUGCUGCCUCUGAGUCUUCAUCUGUCGCCGGCUGAGUCUCCUCAGCUUCCACUACUGUCCGUCGUCUGUCGUUAUUGUCCGCUACCGUCGUUGCUGUCCGUUGCCACGGCUGUUGUCCAUUGUUUCUCUUCUGAGUUCUGACUUCUCACUAUCGGUUUCACUAGACCCUUAAGGAAACCUCAAGAUCUGUGGAAAAAAUGGAGACAAUGGUGAGGAAGCUUCAACAGAAGUACAAAAAGGCAAGGGAGGAUAUGGAAAAGUGGGAUGAGCUCCAAUCCCGAUUGCUCUCACUCUUCAAGAGUGCCACAUCCAUCAUCAAUAGACUACAGGUGCUUGCAGAGGCUAAAAAUUAUGGUGUGUUGAGGAGCAUAUCUGGCAUUAGAGAAGCACUUUUGGGGAAGCAAAUGGAAACCCUGGAAAUGAUCUUUCGUUCCAUGAGAGAGACAAUGAAAGAGUUUCGUGGCAUUGUCUUGUCUCUUGAGAAGAUUGCAAGGGAUGCAUGGCAACUGGUGAAAGGAGGAUCAGCCCAAACUUCUAAGCAGAUGAAAGUGCAGAUUGGACUCUGGCCAAAUAUUACAUAUUGCUUAGGUGGGCUUAGGUCAAUUUAUGAGAUGCACCAAUCUGAGUAUAUUCUUAAAUUAUCAGUGGUAUCCUCCUUGACAUGGAAGUGUAGUCCCACUGAUGCUGCUGCAUUUGGUCAGCUUUUGGUGGAUCAGCCCAAUAUCCCAAAAGAUGAAGUGCAAGCUAUCUAUGACAUAAUAUUUGCCGAGGAGAUCUGCUGAUUCCUCCUGUUUUCUGCCAUCCCUGCACAAUUUUAUCUGCCGGCAGCUAUGGUUGCAUUUGGAGAUGGACUAAAUGCGUGCUUAUGCUCAAACUGUGAGGGCGAAACUGACUGCAAUGUUCUUCUGUUCUGUGUUGAUGCUUAGAGUUUGAGACAUCUUUACAUAUAUAUCAUGUUAUAUAACAGGAAGAAUGUCCUCGAAAUCUCAAACUCGUUUGUGUCAAAAACUGCAUCAAGUUACACUGUGUCUUUUUCAAGUUUAUUUGAUUGAUGAAACCUAAUUCUUAGA